CUUCACUUCUCUAGGGUUUCUCAAACGCAUUAUAGAAUCUCUCCACUCUCAGAUUUCCUCUAUAGAUUAAAGAAGCAUCGGAGAACUAAUUCCGUCGCCGGAAACCGAACGCCGUUGCCGGAAACAAAAAACCUGAACCGAAAAAAAUGUCAAGCAAGAAGAAACACAAACAAAAACACAGCGACAGCGAUGAAGACGACGACGUUUUCUACUACCGCUACUGCGCUUCGUCCUCAACCCCCAACACCACCACCGGCACCACAUCCAGUAAUCAACCCCAAUCAAAACCGAACAACAAAGGAUCAUCAAUAGGAGGAACAGGUGAACCCUUAGCACCAUCAAAAUCGACGCUAUACGUUUCUAAUCUAGAUUACUCCCUAACAAACUCCGAUCUCCAUACGCUCUUCUCUACUUUCGGCCGCAUCGCGCGUGUAACCGUUCUCAAAGACCGUCACACGCGCCUAAGCCGCGGUGUCGCGUUUGUCCAAUUCGUUUCUCGUAAUGACGCCCAACGCGCCGUGGCGGAGAUGAAUAAGAAGAUUCUCAAUGGAAGGACUCUAACUGCUUCUAUUGCUGCUGAUAAUGGACGUGCUCCGGAGUUUAUUCGGAAGCGCGUGUACAAUACUGAGACUGCUUUGUGUUAUGAGUGUGGGGGGCAUGGUCAUUUGUCGUAUGAGUGUCCUAAGAAUCAGUUGGGGCCGAGGCCGCGGCCUCAGCCUAAGAAGCCGCGACGGGGAUUUAGUGGGCUGAGGGAUAGGGAUGGGGAGGAGGAAGGUGAUGAGGAGGAGGAGGAGGGUGGUCAGAUUGCUGCGGAGCAGUUUGACGAUAAUUGGGCUUCUGUUGUGGAUGAUGAAGCGGGUGAAAGGUUGCUGGGGGAGAAACAGAAAUGA